CCCUCCAAUCCAGUCCCACCUCCUCUUAAAUACAUAGCUAAACAGCACAAAAACCACCCCAUUUUUAUUCGUCUCAGCUAGCUAGCAGCUAGCCCAAGUACUGACAUACAGUAUGAAGCUGAUGCUCCUCUUCGCCGCCACCGUCGUCGCCGCGGCGUUGGUGCUGGUGGCGGCGGUGGAUGUCGGCAGCAGCGGCGCCUUGUUGCCGAUGCACGUGCUGCGCGGCCGGGUGGCUGACGUCGAGGACGUGGUGGCGAGCGUGGUGGAGGAGGAGGAGGCAGCGUACCCGCGGAGGAGGAUCCUCUACGACAGCCGGUACGCCAGCUACAACGGGCUCACGGAGAGCAAGGCGGCGUGCUACGGCUCCUGCCCCGGCAGGGGCCAGCCGUACAGCGGACGCAGCUGCCUCAACAUCUACCAGUGCAAGGGCUAAAAGCUUGGAGAAAUUAAAGCUGCUGGUGAUAUGAUCGAUCGAUCGAUCCUCUGCAAUAAUUCUGCGUCUGUACUGCAGGGGAAGAUAUGUUCAAACUAACUGUGUUGAAAUGAUACUGGUGAAUUUGUAUGCUGUUGAUGACUUUGUGUUAGUCGAUCACUUCAUAUAUGUAAUAUGUAGUUAAGUGUUGUAUCCGAUUCACGUACGCUCGUAGUUAAUAGCUAGUUUGAGCGUUAGAUACAAUUAAUAUCCGGCCUAUACGAUUCAUUGUUGUUCGAUGAAUUACUGGGACGAAGAAACUGAUUAAUCGAUGAAUAAAACAAAGGUUUGCAUCUGCA